CCCCCUCUUUCUUUCACGCGACCCUUGUGUGAGGUACUACCUUGUCUUUAAACCGGCUAAAUAAGCGAUCCUUGGAAGCACUGCAAAGAUGCCCAGGGAAGACAGGGCCACGUGGAAGUCCAACUAUUUUAUGAAAAUCAUCCAACUUCUGGAUGACUAUCCAAAAUGCUUCAUUGUCGGGGCAGAUAAUGUGGGCUCCAAGCAGAUGCAGACCAUCCGUCUGUCCCUCCGUGGCAAGGCUGUGGUGCUGAUGGGUAAAAAUACCAUGAUGCGCAAAGCCAUCCGUGGCCACCUGGAGAACAACCCUGCCCUGGAGAAGCUCUUGCCCCACAUUAAAGGAAAUGUGGGCUUUGUCUUCACCAAGGAGGAUUUGGCUGAGGUCAGGGACAUGCUGCUGGCCAACAAGGUACCUGCAGCUGCCCGUGCUGGAGCCAUCGCCCCCUGUGAUGUGACAGUGCCUGCCCAGAACACUGGUCUGGGGCCUGAGAAGACCUCUUUCUUCCAGGCUCUGGGCAUCACCACCAAGAUCUCCAGGGGAACCAUUGAAAUCUUGAGCGAUGUCAGUCUGAUCAAGACUGGUGACAAGGUUGGUGCCAGCGAGGCCACGCUGCUCAACAUGCUGAACAUCUCGCCCUUCUCCUUCGGACUCAUCAUCCAGCAAGUGUAUGACAAUGGCAGCGUGUACAGUCCUGAGGUGCUCGACAUCACAGAGGCUUCCCUGCAUGCCAGGUUCCUGGAGGGUGUGAGGAACAUUGCUAGUGUGUGCCUGGAGAUUGGCUACCCCACCUUGGCCUCUGUCCCCCACUCCAUCAUCAAUGGCUACAAGAGGGUCCUGGCUGUCGCUGUGGAGACAGACUACUCCUUCCCCCUGGCAGACAAGGUCAAGGCCUUCCUGGCUGACCCAUCUGCUUUUGCUGCUGUUGCAGCACCUGCAGCAGCAGCUGAGACUGCUGCAGCUCCAGCUGCUGCUAAGGAGGAGGUCAAGGAAGAGUCUGAGGAAUCUGACGACGACAUGGGCUUCGGUCUGUUUGACUAAAACAGAUGCAGCGAACGGAACCAGAUUUGAAUCGCAAGACCAUGAUUCAAUAAAAAAAAAAAUCUCUA